GGCUCAGUGUGCAAGGGACCGCCAUGUGGGGGGAAGGAAUAUCUAGAAAUGGGCUAAAUAAAGCAAAGAGAAACAGAAACCGAGUUAAAUUCUCCCUAUUUUCUUUGGUUGCCAUCUUCCUCUCUUUCACACAAAAAGACUCCAGACCCCCCUAGGAAUUACAAUCAUCUCUCCUUCUCCAAACCCUUCAAUCGUAACAUGACAAAGGGUUAGGGAGAGAAGAGAAAAAUGUGAAUAUUUUGCUAUAUAUAUAAAAAAAGAAAGAAAACAGAAACAGAGCAGAGGACCAACAGAAUUCGAUGCGAUUCUCAGUCCAACAUCCUUUGAACAUUAUAAUGAUAUGGAUGUUGCUGAUGUUUGCUUCAUGUUUCUCCCCUGCCUCCUCUGCUCUUCUAUCCUUCGGAUCCCGCCUUAAGUGUGGAACUAAUAACGAAACCUCCCAGAGAUUCGUUAGGAGUGUUGACAAAGUGAUGGGAGCUUUGUCCAAAUUAAUUGCUGCUCAGGGCUGGGGAACCUUCUCUGAUGUGGAUCCACCCUUCACUGUCUUUGGAUUAGGCCAAUGCUAUCAACAUGUCAACGGAAAAGGUUGUAAACUCUGUUUCAAUACAGCCAGAGAAGAACUUAGAAGGUGUUUAUCAACAAGAUUUUCAAAGGGAAUUGGAUCAAGUGAUCAGGAAAGUAACCAAUACAGCGUUGGAGAACAAUGGAUAUGCGGCAAAGGCGGCCAAAGGAGGGGUGACCACCGUUUACGCAUUGGCGCAAUGUUGGAGGGCAAUUGAUCAAGAGACUUGCAGCGAGUGUUUGAGGCAUGCAGCCUCGGGGUUGAGGAAGUGUGCUCCUGGGGCUGAGGGCAAGGCUAUGUUUUCUGGGUGUUAUAUGAGGUAUUCCACCCAUAGGUUUUUUGGCCCAGAAGCUGAAACAGAGGACAAUACGGGGUUUAGUCCUUGGGUCAUCAUAGGAUUGGCUUCAGCAGGAGUUGCAUGCGCCGUGCUUGGUGCUAUUGGUACUUGUAUAAGCUGUAAGAGAUUCUCCAAGAAGAAAGGGCUAGAUGACAUUCCAGCAACCCGAAACAAUACUAGUUUAAAUUACAUGUAUGGAACGCUUGAAAAGGCGACUGACCAUUUUGAUGAAUCAAGGAAAUUAGGACAAGGAGGAGCAGGUACUGUGUUCAAGGGAAUUCUCCCUGAUGGUAAAGUUGUUGCAGUUAAAAGGUUGUUCUUCAAUACCCGGCAGUGGGUGGACCAGUUCUUUAACGAAGUCAAUUUGAUCAGUGGAAUUCAGCACAAGAACCUUGUAAGCCUUUUAGGUUGCAGCAUUGAAGGUCCCGAGAGCCUUCUAGUUUAUGAAUAUGUACCAAAUAGGAGGCUAGAUCAAAUCCUGUUUGUUAAGAACACAAUAAACAUUCUAAGCUGGUCACAUCGGUUCAACAUUAUAUGUGGAACAGCUGAAGGGCUGGCUUAUCUUCAUGGGGGUUCUGGAGUAAAAAUCAUUCAUAGAGACAUAAAAUCCAGCAACAUUCUCCUUGAUGAGAAUCUCAAUCCAAAGAUUGCUGAUUUUGGACUUGCUUGUUGUGUUGCUUCAGAUAAAUCCCAUGUUAGCACUGCAAUUGCUGGAACAUUAGGAUACAUGGCUCCUGAAUAUCUGGUUCGAGGACAACUGACAGAGAAGGCGGAUGUUUAUGCAUUUGGGGUGCUAAUGCUUGAGAUUGCCACUGGUAGGAAAAACAAUGUUUUCUCUGAGCGUUCAAGUUCUACUUUGUACUUGGUGUGGAAGCAAUACAAGGCAGAAAGUAUUACACAAGCUAUAGACUCUACCUUAAAGGGCAGAUUUGAUGAGAGGGAGGCAUCGAUUGUGCUUCGAGUUGGGCUGCUGUGCACCCAAUCCUCAGUUGCACUAAGACCAACCAUGUCUGAAGUAGCUCAAACGUUAACUGAUAGACGUUGUGUGAUUCCCUCCCCGAAACAGCCUCCCUUCUUGAACGCUAGUGUGCUAAGUCCUGAAGACGCAAUGACUAGUUCUUUUAUGGGCUCUUCAGCUUUAAAUGACCCAAGAACUCAAAAGCCUGGCACCUGAAUCAAAUAAUUGUACACAAUUAAAGCAUUGAGAUCAACAUAGCCUUCACUCUUCUAAGAUUGGCAGGGCAUACAAUCAGAAAAUAUUUGCCCCACGUGGAGACUGGAAUUUUGUACACCUGAGAUUAGGUAGAGGCAAUGAUUUGCAUUGGUUAUUUUUUCUUUUAACUUCUUUUCUCCCUUGUAUUUGCACAUACAAAAAUUUAACCGUGUACAUAUAAUUAAAAGGAAAAAAACCUUUUACAUCCCCAUUUGAUCUCCUAAAAUUAAACCCAUCCGAUGGAUUGU